AAUUGUAAUUAAAUCUCGCAGAUCUUGUUUUAAUAUAUACGUUUCCAAAAUAGAAGUAAUUGGUCACGAUAUUCGCGAUUCGUGUUAGAAUUAUCGAUUCAUGAUUGCACGCAGAAAUUUUCUAGAUUGACAAGUUAAUAAUAUUAGUAACGUUCGUUAAAUAAUAUUUAAUAUAGCGUAGAAGCGGAGAAUGAAAUGUUCUUGCGCAUGUUUGAAAAAUUGCGCCGGCGCAGUGCAUGGGUUUCCUCGAGUUCACCAGGAUUGGCCGAACGGUUUAGGGUUUAGUAGACCUGUGCACAGCGUCUCGCUUUUUUUAGUACAGUGUGGAGUGCAUCCGGCGCGAUGUUAUGUGGCGUUUUGUGUACUGCAUUGUCAGUUUCCUUCGGUGCACUCGUACAAAUUCUAAUAUUCCUUCUGCAAAAUUCGUACAUCUCGAAAGUACAAGCUUCCCUUCCACCGGGAGCUGAGGAUGAAAUUAUUCUGAUUGAGCAUCUGCCGGGACGUCGAGUUCAUCUUCAAGACUUCUUUUGGUCAGACGCGAAGGAUGCUCCGCCAUGGGUAGACGCUAAUCAAGGCUUGACCUUUUAUGAAACCAGAACAGUUUAUCAUACUGUAACAUUGUACUCGCCAACGGAAGACAAAGACAAUGACAAACCAUUAUUUACUAACUCUAACGAGCCGAAAUGCACUACGUGCAUCGAACCUACCCCGAGAUUGGACGACGAUGAGGAUCAAAAUAUUGGUGUUCUUAUUGGAGAAGAUCCUGGUCCAAGAUAUUGGUUGCUAACAGUUCUUCGUGCUGGUGAGGCCAUACCACCAAAGAUCGAGUUGAAAUUAGCUCGACUGUAUAAAACUGCAUUUUCGAGGCAACAACAACGUCAUCUUGGACUUUUGCAAACGGACACACGAUUCCGAAGAAUUACGAGAGGUCACGCACUUGUUAAAAACAAGGCAGAGAUUGUCAAUCAAGAGGAAACGCUCGAAAUGUCACCGAUUUCAUCAUCUGAGCCAAGAAUUCAAGGAAAUUCAGAUGUUCUUCUUCCAACAACAAGCGUUAACAAUGUCGAAAAUCCUCGUGAACGUCUUCAAACGGAUGAUGUUCAUCUAAAAAAAUUAAAUCUCGUUCAAGAGAAGAUAUUUUAUAAUAAUAACAAUCUGUCCACAACUUCAGUGAAUUUUCAUGAAAAUACUACAGAUUAUACUAGUCAACAAUCCUUGCAAAAUGAUGCAUUAACUUUCAAAUCAUCUUCUACUGGAUAUAAUCUUCAAGAUGAUGGCGACAUUCAAGAUAAUCGUGCAAAAACAUUGAGAAACGAAAUAUUGAAUGACAUUAAUUCAGAGAGCAUAAAUGCAAGUAAAUAUUUGGAGUUGCGUUCCAUGGAUCAUGCUGGAGAUGAGAUUGUUCAAGUUCGAAUGCAAAAUACGAGUGUGACCGAGAGUGGGGCUACGAAAUUGAUCUACUCUGUUCAUCUAGGAGGAAAACCUGUACCUGCAGAAACAGCUGCCAGGGAUAUGGCUCUUUUGUCACCUCAAGAAGUUGCAUUGGAACUUGGUGCGCCAGUUCUCAUUCAGAGUGAACCGUACUUGAAAGAAACACGACCACUGGCUCUUUCAAGAAAAAGAGAUGCAUGGCUAUUAAUCGGUGCAGCAAGUGCUGGUUUUAUAUUAUUAGCAUUGGUCGUCGCGGGAUUAAUUCUUGUAGCAAAAAGGAAAAGAGCACAUAGUGCUGUAGCUGCACCACCGAGUCACCAUAUUUUAAGGAAGAAACAAGAAUACAUUCAAGCAACUGCUGGUGUUGACAAUAAUGCCUGCUCGACGUCGGAAAUGGAAAUUAAGACUGACGGUACCAGUCAGAGACAGACUCCUGGGAGUUUAUCGAGGACUCCGGUUUCUCUUGAAACCCCCGACAGUCUCGAGGCAGGAAUCCACGAAAUUUCAAGCGACGACGAAGAACAGAAAAGUAAAAUACGGGAAUCGAGUCCGUGGGAACAUUCUUCGAAAAGAACCAGAUUGGCGCAUGGAAAAAUGUCACGAACGAAUGCUAUUGACACGCCUCGAACAUCUGAUUCAACAGACGUAAUUGUCGAUCAUCUAGAAACGUUGGAUUCAUUGGAAAAUAAUUACACGAGGCAAGAAGAAGCUACAGCCUCGCCGCAUUCUUACCUUUCUAUGCCAUCUUGCAAGCCAUUCCCCAGCAUGAAAAGUGUUGAACCACUUUCUAGAGUACUGGAACCAGUUAUGGUCAAACAUCUAGAUAUAGACUCACCAGAACUGGUGAGACGAGAAACUAAUCAUUUAGACGUUUAUAGAAGUGAUGAUGCGAAUGAUAAAUUUUUCGCGCGUACUUCGAGCGCUAUCAAAGACCCUGGAGUUGUAGGACCGUUAGUAUGGAAUCUUCGGCGACAAAACUUCUCUGCAGAAGACAAUGGUACAUCUGGCACAGAUGUUGAUCCAACGUAUGCGAUGCCGUCCGGUCCUGUGGGAAAAGCAAGGAGAAGACUUCACGAACUUUUGGAAGAUUCUUUUAGUCUGUUUGGAAGCAGAGAUGCAAAACCAGAAGCACAGUUGCCUGCUACAAGACCAACUUCAGCAGCACGUCCACCAGACAUUCUCACAGUGUUUUCGGAAACAGGAAGAUCUACUCAUACUAGUCCCGUAUCUUCACCAUUAACGGAAAUGGAGACUCGGCCCUCUACUUCAUUUCCAGUGAAAUCCAAUGACGCUAAUAUCGCAGAAAAUGGACAUUCAGUACCAUCGCGAUCUCGCAGCGGUUGGGGUUCCAGACCACUAAGUGCUGGUCCAUUCCAUAGGCCUAAUUUAAUGCCGGAUGUUGACACGAGACGUAUACUUGUAGACAGUCAACUUCCACCAGAAGAUCCAGCAGUACCAUUAAUAGCUUCGAUUAAGAAAGAACUUGAAAAAUUUUCUCCCAAAUAAAUUAAAUACUCGAAGAGGUAAUAGCGUUACAAGUAUUAAACAUCAUAGUACAAUU